CAGAGGAGGCUGGGACCAGCGCGCCGCCUCCCAGCACAGACGCUCAGGGCACGCCGCGCCCCCUGCCGGCAUCUCGCGCUGACCGCAGCGCCGGAGACGCUCGGCGGCGCUGGGGGACUGGAGACUUGCGGUGGAGCUGAGGGAUCAGUGACGUGCGGCUGAUGCUGGAGCUGGUGCUGGUGCUGAAGGACCGUGCUGGUGCUGAAGGACCGUGCUGGUGCUAGGGGCCGUGCUGGUGCUGAGGGACCGUGCUGGUGCUGAGGGACCGUGCUGGUGCUGAAGGACUAGUGCUGGUGCGUAGGGAUCGCUGCGAGUGCUGAAGAGCCGGCGCUGGUACAUAGGGGCUGGUGCUGAUGCUGAAGAGCUGGUUCCGGAGCUCAGGAGCCGGCGCAGGUUCAGGGGGAUUGGUGGCCACCGGUUCAUGACCACAGGCCGGCCUUGACUGCUGGCGCCUGCUUUGUCCCCGUGUGACGGUGGGACGGCUGAGCAGGAGUCGUUGUUUGCCAGUGCCUGACACGCGAUCCACACACACCGGCUGCUGAUUAAGCUCGUUUGCAGGCGGCAGUGAUUCGAAGUUGGAAAAUAGCCGGGCCGCGCCGUGCGCCUCCACGUGCCAGCUCCCCUUGCCGCGGCCGGCGUCGACACUCCACCCCAUUUGGCACGUCCGUGUCCAGCGUCGCGUCGACGUCGACAGCGCGCAUCGGCCUCGACGAACCUCGAAUGGCUCCGGCGCUGCCCGGCAGCCAUUAAGGACACGCGACGCCGCCGUCUCCCGAUCAGUCACGCGUUUCGUGAGGGCUCGCCCCACGCCACCGGCGCUCACGAUGUCCGGCCGCAGGCAGCUGACCCUGGCUGCACUGCUCGUGACCUGGUCCGCGGCCCAGGUCGGCGCGCAGGUCUUCGUGUCGGAGCCACGCUAUCCAGGGGCCUCGGUGCCGGAGCAGGUCGGAGGUCGCGAGGAGCCGGAGCCCACGCCACCGCUGGGGCGGGACGCCGAGCAGACGCUGCUGACCCGCCUCGCCAAGCUGGAGCUGCUCGACGCCAAGCUCUCGAAGAUCGACGUGCUGGAGAAGGUGUUCCACUUCGUCCAGCUAGACGCCAACGUGGCGCGUAUCAGCGAGCAGGUGGAUCGUAUAUCGGAGCGUCUCAAUGAGCCCAGGGCUCCCGUCAAUUGCGCCCCGAGCAGCGAUGACGUGCGGGAGGGUCUGACGUCACUGGGCGAGCGGCUCGGCCUCCUGGAGAGAUCAGUGCAGGCCGUGUCGAACAGCAUGAACUCGCAGCUGGACCGGCUGCACUCCCAGCUGGACGCCCUGCUGGAGAGGAACGUCCAGCUGAACACCAGGGCAGAGACGAUGCGCGAGGACGUCGGUCAGUUGUUGCGGGCUUCCGAAAUUGUAGACGACCAGCUGGAGCAGACCGACAACAAUCUCAAGUACCUGAGGGAUGAACUGGACCUGGUCAAGCAGAAGGCGCACACGAUACACCACCAGCAGCAUAAAUCGGAAGCGGCCAUCAAGGAGACCACCGUGACGGUUCAUGAAAAAAUCGAUGGGCAGGUGAGCCGACUGGGCGAGGCGCUGCAGCACCGCUUCAACCUGAUCACCAUCGACCUGACCAUGAUCGUCGACACCAUCUUGCGGGCGCAGAACCAAUCUCAAGUUCCGAGUCCGCCGCUCGACUACUGGGAUGACGACUUUCACCCUCUCGAAGACGCGGACUUCCGGGCCAAGUUUGUGAACGAAAUACGCGUGAAGAUCGCGGAGGACUCGAAGAAGAUGUUGGGUUCCGCGUGCGCUGGCACCACAGUGCAAAAGUCAUCUGAAGCAUUGGAGACGAGCAUUGUAAAAACAAUAAAAUCUGCUAUCAACUCCAGCUUGGAGAUGGCCGCGUCAGAACAGUGGCGGCCCACCGACUGCUCCGACGUGUACCGACAGAGCACGCGCAGUGGCCUGUUCACCAUCUACCCGAAUGCAUGCUCAAGAGGACACCAGAUGCAGGUGUUUUGUGACAUGGAGACGACCGGCGGUGGCUGGACGGUGGUUCAGAGACGCGGACAGUUCGCGGACCGCAGCAGUCUCGACUUCUACCAGGACUGGGCGACCUACAAGUGGGGCUUCGGAAACAUCUCCGAGGAAUUUUACUUGGGUAACGAGCUGAUCCACCUGCUCACGGCCAGCAACGAUUUCGUGCUGCGCGUCGAGCUGGAGGACUUCAGCGGGGACCGGCGCUAUGCUGAAUACCAGCACUUCAGCAUCGAUAGGGAAGACAACCAGUACCGGCUGAAUGUAGGCAAAUACUCCGGAAACGCAGGGGACGCCAUGACCUACCACAACGGCUUCGGCUUCACGACGAAGGACCGGGAGCACGACAGCUGGCCGGGCAAGAACUGCGCCACCCACUACCGCGGAGGCUGGUGGUUCGCCUCCUGUCACCGGGCCAACCUGAACGGCGUCUAUCUGUCCGGCCACCACUCCAGCUACGGCAACGGCAUCAUCUGGUACCCGUGGCGCGGCUACUACUACUCCCUGCGCUCGUCACGGAUGAUGGUCAGACCUCGCAGGACCCACGAGAACAGCCCCACCAACAAGCGGUAGAGCAAACCAGCGAGCGGCGCCCCCGCCCCGACGGCGACAUGGUAGACCAGCCAGACACGACAGAUUCGGACUCUAACACGAGAGCGGUGCUACACCCGACUUCCAAGCGGUGGGGGUCGCCUGCACUCAGCGGUGCCUCGGUGUCGGCUGCUCCAGUGGUCGGCGCCGGCCGGCGGGGCACUGGCUCGCCCUGCUCAGUAGGGGAGGCGGGUUGGGUAGCGGGCUCCUCGCCGCGGGUCGUGACGCUCCCAGGCUGCUUGACCUGCGUAUCGGCACGACGCGGUGUGUCCCACUCAGCGGGCCGCUCGGCAUCGGGAAGAACUGCGUGCCUUACGGGUCGUCGCACAGCCCGUCUUUGUCGUGUCUUUUCGUGUCUGCUUCGAGCCAGUAUUUACUGUGGGGAACGAGAACCGCCUCUGGCAAAGCUUCUUUCCAGCUAUUAGAGGCUUGGUGCGGGAUUGGUUUUGUGCCAGUCGGUCGAUGGAGCAUGGCUUUCGUCUGCGCUUAUGCUUUCCAACGACGAUGACUCCAUGAGGCGAUUGACGCCCUUGAAGUAUUUCAAUCCGGGGAGUACGACUGGUGUCGUUCUCGCUGGAGACAGAGCACUGCCAUUUUCCAUUGUCGCAUUAUGCCAGAGCGGAGACUCUAUAGACUGCCAGCGUUUGUGCACCACCAGGUACUGCGUGCCUUGCGCUAGUUACAUGCUAGUGUUGAUGGGGUCUGUGCUGGAAGUCUGUGAAGUCCGAAGUCUGCCUGUGCUUUGUGAAGUCGUCUGUUAUUUUCAAACGAACGCCCGGCCCAAGUAAGAACGACUUAGGCGGAAAUCGCUGGGUCCUGGGCUGACCCUGUCCGCGUGCGACCCUGUGACGUGUGCUGGCUCCCAGUGAGCCCGUGGUGAUCUCUCGCAGCGCUGGAGUUGGCCUGGGUUCGAGGCCCCUGUGUGGGGUCUGCGCCAUUUUCACAGCCCUAACUGCCUGUUUGUGGAUCGCACACGCUCCAUAAACACUUCCAAUGCCGGUGCCUCAAAAACUGGAGGUGCUGAAAUGGUUUGAUCGUGCUAGUAGGAGUAUUCAUGUUACGGAUAAGGUCGUUGUUUUGAAUUGUGAUAGUUUUUCCGCAUUUUGCGCUACUGCCGUCUAGUACAGGUCACCGGGGAGGCUGAGAAGAUGCAGUUAGCUUGACGUCACGCAGGCGUGUGGUGACGCUCAUGUUUACAGGGUGAACGUGCCGUAGUGUAUGAUUCCGACCAGAAUCAGCUUGUGGGUGGUGUAGUGAUGCAUCGUGCUAGACGAAAUCGAUUCCGCUUUCAUCGCAAUACAAUGUAAGCACGCA